AACAAUGGAAACACUGCAUGGGCUUGUUAUUCAAAAAUAAGAUUUGCACACACCUGCUUUGCGUUCGGACCACAGACUUCUAGUUUUGCCUGAGAUUUUCUUUUGAGGGUUGUCAAAACAUUAAUGUUCUUUAAAUCUGUAUGUCUCCAAAAAUUAACUCAGACCCAUCAAAACCUGCUGCUUUUCACCAUAUAAUGAGUUUCGUUAACACACAUUUUUGUAGUGUAUCUCUGGCUAGUGAUGAGAAAUGAGCUGUCGCCCCAUGACAUGACUGAAUGAGAAGGCCCGCCCUAUUCAAAACACUAUAAGGGACCUCCCUGCAGCAUGUUUGUCUCCAGCGCCGCUCUGCACCUUCACUGUGCCGCAGGACUCACUCUCUCCAUCUACACCACGAGACAGCAAUGGAGCAAACCUCCCGCCGCAUCCUGCUCCUGCUGAGCUUGUCCGCAACGUUUGCCAAGUACGUCUACAUCAACGAGGGGAAGAGCUGGACCAACGCUCAGGGGUACUGCCGGGAGCAUUACACGGACCUGGCGCCCGUCAGCCACGAGUACGACUUUAAGCGUGUUCAGUUGGUCCCCGGCACCACGGCCAAGUACUUGUGGAUAGGACUGGUAAGGAACUCCACGGACCAUGAGAAGUGGACGUGGUCAGGAGGAGGGCAGGUGUCCACAUUUUUCUGGAAUGAGAACCAGCCCGGUAAUGGACCAGAAGACGGCCACGGCCAAAUCCGUGACAACAAGUGGCACAAUGCAAUGGGGACGGAUGAAUCAACCUUCUUGUGCUACAAAGCAGUCGUGGUGAGGGUGAGGAAGACUUGGGAGGAAGCGCUGGAGCACUGCAGGGAGCAUCACGGCGACCUCGCCAGCGUGGCGUCAGACACGGAGACGUUGCUCAUGCGGAAGGAGCUGGGUAAGGACAAGACCACGGCGCGGGUGUGGACCGGUCUGCGUUUCCUCGCCGGUGACUGGCUGUGGGUGGACAGGCAGCCGCUGAGUUACGAGGCCUGGGGACCAGGGGGGAGGCCCGAGUGUCCCCAAGUCAGCCGGAAGUGCGGAGUCCUUCGGGUUACGGGAGGGGAGCAGAUCGACAACGCCGCGGUGGAGCCAAUGGGGAAUUACAGUGACACAGGAAAUGACGGAGAGUGGGAGGCUUUUGAUUGUGCGGAGAGACUCCAUUUUAUCUGUUACUGAGGGACCUCAUUUGUUUUAGUUACAACAAGAUUGCAUUUUUGACUGUUUAUUUGAACGAGUGUGCUCUUACAACCACAUAUUUACUUAGUUUAAAGCAGAUGGGUUCCUUUUCUCUUUUUGGUGUGAUCGUGGGUUUUUGGGGUCGUAUUCCAAUAAUUUUGUCUUUAUGUUCAAAUAUUGUCCUAACAAUAUAAAUUGUAAAAAAAAAGACAAAUUCAAAUAAUAAAUAUUUUUUUUGUUGAUCUCAA